AUGGCGGUCGAUAUGGCCGCGAUCCAAGCUAUGUUUCAAGCUAUGUUUGACACCCAGUUCGCCAAGAUCGAGAAAUCGAUCGAUGAUAAGGUCGCGGGUCUUGCUGCCACUGUUGGAGUACAAGGUCAGAUGUUGAAUGAGAUCACCGACCGCCUCGAGAAGUCCGAGAAUCGCCUCAAUGCCAUGGAACAGAUGGCUCAGGAUCGAUUGAUGGCCACUACUCUCGAGAGGGUUGCGAAGGACAUCAUCUCUAAGUGUGCGACCGUGCAGGCAGCCAGUCUCAUUCGAACUCGCGCGUAUGAUCUCCAGAAGAAAGUUACCCUGGACUUCCCUACCCCGGCCAUGGACUCGGACUUCCAGAUGAAUUUCAGGAAGCUGAGUGAGAGUUCCGGCAUGGUCUCGGCCGCCGUUCAGGUUGCCCGCAAGGUCUGCAAGGAAAGGUCUCUCUACCUGGGGCUCGCGGUCUUACGUGUCCUGGCCCUCGGGCACCUCGGGGACAGAAGGUACGCCUUCUGCCAGUCCCAGUGCACCUCGAACUACGACCCCGCCCGCCACGACGAGGUGUUCCUUCGGAAGUUCGUCGAGGCCUUCGACUCGGGCCAGCUGGGCCGCGGCCCCGCCGGCGCAGGCAAGGGCGGCAAGCCCAGCGGCGGCUCGUCGUGGAGCGAGUGGGACGGCGGCGGAGCCGGAGGCUGGUGGGGCUGCGAGUCGUCCGAGUGGGACGGCAGCGGCAGCGAUUAUUCAUCGUGGAGUGGCAAAGGAGCCGGCGCGUCGAGCGGCGGCGACUCCACCGGCGAGGACUCCUGGGCUUCCGCGCCGCCGAUGGUCGCUCCCACGGCGUACGCAGCAAUGAUGAAGGGCAAGGCCGCCAUGAUGAAGGGCAUGGAACCCCAAGACGCGGUGGCCCUGGGCAAGGGCUUCUUCGCCGCCAUGAUGGAGAAGGGGAUGGCCAUGGGCAAAGGCCCAGCGUUGGACGCGGCUGGCUCAGCUGGCCGCGGUGGCGGGGCUGCCGCGGGCUACGCGGCCAGCCUGGCAGGCGCCUCCGCCGAGGCGUCCGUGAAUUCUGGGGUAUUGGUGGUCUGGGCCCUGCUGAAGAUCACAACCCCAGGAUCGCGGUGGGCCCUUGCCGGCCUUGCGGCGGCGGGCCUCUUCGAGCAGUGCUUUCCGAGGCCGUUCUGGCUUGAGGUGGACCGGGCGGCCAAGGCCCGCGCGAAGGCGAAGUCGGCGUCGAAGAAGGCGGACGACGCCGACGAGGCGGCUCUGCUCGCGGGCGAGGGCGCCGGCGAGCAGCUCACCGCGGAGCAGCAGCGCGUGGCCGUGAGGCGGGCGGUCACGGGCGUGCUCGCCUCCCCGAAGGCCGCGCCCGACGUGAAGUUCGAGGCCUUCAGCGUCCAGGUCGGCGGCAACCAGCUGGUGACGGACUGCAGCAUGGAGCUCAACCAGGGCUGCAGGUACGGCCUCAUCGGCGACAACGGCAGCGGCAAGAGCAACGUGCUGGCGGCCAUCGCCCAGAGGGAGCUGCCCCUGCCGUCCCACGUGGACGUCUUCCACCUGCACGAGGAGGCGCCACCCACGGAGCAGAGUGCCGUGGAGGCCGUGAUAGCCCACAUCGUGGAGCAGGCCGAGCUGUUGGAGGCACUGUCGGCCCGGAUCAUGGAGGAGUGCGGUCCCGAGGACGAGCGCAUCGACAUCAUCUCGGAGCGCAUCAGCGACCUCGACCCGGUGGGCGCGGAGCCGCGCGCCCGCAAGAUCCUCUCCGGCCUCGGCUUUUCCGACCGGAUGAUCCCGAUGGACCGGAAGACAAAGGACAUGUCGGGCGGCUGGCGAAUGCGCGUCUCCCUAGCCAAGGCGCUCUUCGCAGCACCCUCGCUCCUGCUGCUGGACGAGCCGACCAACCACCUGGACCUCGAGGCGUGUAUAUGGUUGGAGGAUCAUUUAUCCAGAUACAAGAAGUGCUUGUUUGUGAUUUCGCACUCGCAGGACUUCCUGAACACCGUUUGUACACAUAUCGUCUGGUUGAACCAGACAAAGCUCAGGUCGACGGAUUAUGGCGGCAACUAUGACGCAUUUUGCAAGGCGGUGGAUGACGAAGAGCGCGUCAACAUGAAGACUUAUGAGAAACAGCAGGCAGACAUAGAGAAGCUGUCCACCUUUGUUCGUGUCAACAGAGCGAACGGUGUGGCCACAAGUGCUAAAUCUAAGAAAAAAGUGCUGGAGAAGGUUCAGGACGAAGCUGUGGAUCGUCCUAAGGUGAGGCAGUGCACAUUGCAGUUCAGCUUCGAAGAGUGCACGCUAUUGGAACCACCAGUCCUUCCUUUUGAUCAGGUCGCCUUCUCUUACAGCGGGAAGAAGGAGGACUACCUCUACGAGAAGCUAGACCUGGGGGUCGACUGCGACUCGCGGGUAGCGCUGGUGGGCCCAAACGGUUGCGGAAAGUCAACGCUGGUGAAGCUCAUGAGCGGCGAAUUGCACCCGACUGAGGGCGCGAUCAAAAGGCAUCAGCACUUGGUGAUGGGGCAGUUCCAUCAGCACAGCGCAGACGUGCUGGAGCCAGACAUGAGCCCGCUGGCUUUCAUGAAAAAGCAGUUCCCUCCGCCAGAGUGCAAGAGAACCGAAGAGGUCUGGCGUUCGUACCUGGCAAUGUUCGGCUUUACCAGCAAGCAGAUGACCGCAGAGAUUGGCAUGCUCAGUGAUGGUCAGAAGUCUCGCUUGGUUUUCGCCAUGCUGGCCAUGAAGCCUUACAACCUUCUCUUGCUAGACGAGCCUACUAAUCACUUAGACGUUGACUCAGUGGAUGGGCUGGCAGAGGCCAUUCGCAACUUUCAAGGAGGAGUUGUGCUGGUGUCCCACGAUUUCCGGCUGAUCGACCAGGUCGCUAAAGAGAUUUGGGUCUGCGAGGACAGGGGUGUGCGGAAGUAUGAUGGGAACAUCGCAUCUUACAAGAAGGUUCUUGCAAAGAAAGUGGGCGCUUACAAAGUGUAG